UCUUCUUCUCAUUUCUUCCCGCUGCAGCCACCCGAAGAAAAAAGAGGGAACCCGGCACCAGCCUUGAGGAAAACCGGUAGAGAGCUUGAUUUUUCCCUUCUUUUCUUGCUCUAGAACUGAAAAUGGAAGCGAGAAAUUUUCCCCCCUGCAAGAAGCUUCCGGAUCUGCUCUGCUCUUCCCUCUGCUGUCCGCCGGCUGCUCUUGUUGUGGGUGCGAAUUCUGGGCAUUUUCCGACCCGUGAGCUUUCCCUGCAGCUCGCCGCCGGCCUCUUCCCCCCUGCAGCUUCGGUUUCUACAGCUGGAGAAUUAUGUGGUGGCGGGACUAAACCCGUUUUACACGAGCAUGACUGAUUUGAAGUGAAAUGUUUAUGCUUUUCAUUAAAUUGAGCAUGCCUAC